ACAAUUCCCCCAGAAACUACAGCAGCAGCUACUUGGUUCCGCUAUCGCCGGAGACUUUUAGGGCCUCCCCCGACUGUCACCUUGGUACCGCGGCGCCGGUGGGAGGAAGAAGCCGUCCUAGCUGUGUGUUGUCCUCGCGGCCAGCGGGAAGCGAGCGCCCUUUCGAAAGCCCAGGGGUCCCGCGACCCCUCUUACCAGCGCCAUGGCAGUUCCAGGUUGCAACAAGGACAGUGUCCGAGCAGGCUGUAAAAAAUGUGGCUAUCCUGGUCACCUGACUUUUGAAUGCCGCAAUUUUCUCCGAGUAGACCCCAAAAGGGACAUAGUUUUGGAUGUCAGCAGCACAAGUAGUGAAGAGAGUGAUGAAGAGAAUGAAGAACUGAAUAAACUGCAAGCAUUACAAGAAAAAAGUAGUCCUGGGGGCUCCUUGAAUCCUUCCUUGGUCCUUAGAGUUAGAGAGCUUUGUACCAACACUCUUGAAUACGGAAUAAAUGAAGAAGAGGAGAAGAAAAAAGCAAAAAGCAAAGAGAAAAUCAAGUUGAAAAAGAAAAGGAAAAGGUCUUAUUCAUCCAGUUCCACUGAAGAGGACACUUCAAAACAAAAGAAACAAAAAUAUCAGAAGAAAGAAAAGAAAAAAGAGAAAAAGAGUAAGUCAAAAAAGGGGAAGCAUCACAAAAAGGACAAAAAGAAGAGAAAAAAGGAAAAGCAUUCCUCUGCCCCUAAUAGUUCUGAAAUCUCCAAAAAAUAACUGAGACUUUGGCCUGAAUCAUUAAAUUAAAAAAUUUGGUUUUGAAAAUUAUUAGACUUUCCUUGAAAUUUACUAUAUAAUUAUGCUUUGCAAUAAAUCACAGCCUUUUCCAUAUAGACAUUUUUUCAUAUAUGGGGCCAUUACUG